CAACGUACUGACGCAACCCAACUGAUUUUUCUCACAGUUCGACACAAAGAUUGCUUUAUUAGUUCGAUUUUUUCACGCGUAACGAAGAAACGACGCACGCUUUACUCUUGUUUUAAAGGAGCACCACGACGACCAGUCGUGAGAAUCGAGUGGAACGAGAAUUUCGAUGAAAAUUGUAUUCGUGAGAAAGGACAAAAUGAUCAAUCCAUCGCCUUUGGUCACCAAGACACUCUAUUGGCACUCUAUUGUCUUCUCCCCACCUCCAAGAUUACUUCUCAAGAGUCCCUAAUGCAAUCGUGUCAAAUCGCAUGCGUAUUAUCAGCUGAUACUUUAACGCGCGACUGACGGAACUAUCGUAGCUAUAUGUAAUCGUAAUGUGAACAAAGCUGGCUAAAGUUGGAUAAAGUUUAAGCAACCCUCAUAAAGGCUGUGACAUUUAUAUCACACGUUAAUCGGUCACGUUCACUCCCAUUAUUGUUCUAUGCCAGUUAAUACACGAAUAUCUUUCGUCGAGGUAUUUUUUAUCGCAGUGAAGAAGACGAGCGGAGAAAUCGUUUAGUGAUUCUUCAAUCAGCUUUAUCGAUCGAAUAAUGCGAUCCAGUCUUAUUUUUCUACUCGUUGUUUUCUUUUCUUUCGUACAAUUCGUCGAACUUUGGAAUUUCGAAAAGGAACACAAAUCUCCUAUCAUCUUAAUUCCAGGAGAUGGAGGUAGUCAACUUGAAGCUAAACUCAAUAAAACUUCUACAGUGCAUUAUCUUUGCGAGAAAGUUUCUAAAGAAUAUUUUAAUAUUUGGCUAAACUUGGAAUUACUUGUACCAUUGAUCAUAGAUUGUUGGAUCGACAAUAUGAAAUUGAUAUAUGACAAUGUGACAAGAACUACGAGAAAUCAAGAUGGAGUAGAUAUUCGAAUACCAGGCUGGGGAGAUCCCUUUGUCGUCGAAUAUUUAGAUCCAAGUAAAGCUUCUCCAGGAGCAUAUUUUAAAGAGAUCGGAAAUAUGCUAGUCGAUGAUUUAGGAUAUAUUAGAAAUAUUUCUUUACGUGGUGCUCCGUAUGACUUUAGAAAAGGACCCAAUGAAAAUGGAGAAUACUUUGUUAAAUUGAAAUCAUUAAUAGAAGAAACAUAUUCUAUCAACAAUAAUAUGCCGAUAACAUUAAUAGCUCAUAGUAUGGGUGGACCCAUGGCUCUUAUAUUUUUACAAAAUCAAACUCAAACAUGGAAAAAUAAAUAUAUUAAUUCUUUAAUCACUUUAGCAGGCGUGUGGGGAGGUUCUGUUAAAGCGAUAAAAGUAUUUGCCAUAGGCGACGAUUUGGGUGCGUAUCUAUUACGGGAAAGUAUUCUUAAAGAUGAACAAAUUACAAGUCCAAGUUUGGGAUGGCUCUUACCUUCAAAAUUAUUUUGGAAAGAAAACGAAGUUUUGGUCGAAACGGAGAAUAAAAAUUAUACGCUAACUAAUCUUCAGGAUUUUCUCAUAGAUAUAAAUGUUCCCAAUGGAUGGGAAUUUCGCAAGGAUAAUGAAAAGUAUCAAUUAAAUUUUAGUCCACCAGGCGUAGUAAUGCAUUGUUUAUAUGGAAAACAAAUAGACACUUUGGAGAGAUUAUAUUAUAAACCAGGUACGUCGAUCGAUGGACGUCCUCAAUUAAUUACUGGAGAUGGUGAUGGUACAGUUAAUUUACGAAGCUUAGAAGGUUGUCUCCAUUGGCAAACAAAACAAAAGCAAAAAGUCUAUUAUCAAGCCUUUCCCGGUAUAAAUCAUAUGACUAUUCUUAAACACGCGGGUGUUUUGGAAUACAUUAAGACGGCUUUAACAAUUUGACAAAGUGAAAAUAAAAAAUUUAUUAAUAUUUA